AAAAGCAAAAGGAGAUGUUUAUUCUCCAGAAAAUGUAAAAAAGUCAGUAAACUUUUGUAGAGGCGAUAUAUAUUGAGCAAAAAGAUAUUCUCCUAUCCCAUUGUUGGUAAAAUACAAAAUGCCGCACCCAUGUGGGCUUUACCAAAACACCGUUCCCAAACAGAACCAGAAGCCGAGCAUCUCUCCUAUAAAUAUAAACCCUCCCUAGUCUCAUCGCUGAAAGAUCCCAAAAAUUCUCUUCUAUCUUCUUCCUUCAUCCAAUUAAGGCUAAAGCUUCGAGCAAAGCUUGCGAAUUGAAAGAAUGGCAGGAAUAUCACAGGACUGGGAGCCGGUAGUUAUCCGCAAGAAGGCGCCCACCUCCGCUGCUCGCAAGGAUGAGAAAGCCGUCAACGCUGCCCGCCGCGUCGGAGCAGAGAUCGAGACUGUCAAAAAGUCAAAUGCGGGGACGAAUAAAGCUGCUUCCAGCAGUACCUCAUUGAACACUAGGAAGCUUGAUGAGGAUUCAGAAAAUCUUACUCAUGACAAGGUUCCGACUGAAUUAAAGAAGGCUAUCAUGCAAGCUCGAAUGGAUAAAAAACUCACCCAAGCUCAACUUGCUCAGGUGAUAAAUGAGAAACCACAGAUCAUACAGGAAUACGAAUCUGGAAAAGCAAUUCCCAAUCAGCAGAUCAUAUCGAAACUGGAGAGGGCUCUUGGUGUGAAACUGCGUGGAAAGAAAUAAAACGAGCAGUAUGGACGAGAGGGGGGCCGUUUUUUGGUUUGUUUGCCUUAAGUCGUACGUGGUGGUGUAAAUGAGCCUGCUGUAUUGCCUUUCUCUUUGAGUGUUUCGCCCACAUAUCAUCAGGAUACUAAAGAAUGGGUUUGCCUGUGCUUCUGAAACAUGCUUGUUCUAAAUGAGGUAUCCUUGGAUCUGAUGCUUAUGAAACUUGAUUACUUCAGUUACUACCACUU